GUUUGCACCUGGUUGUCCUGCCUUGUGAAGAUGGGACUACCAGCUCUGGAGUUCAGUGACUGCUACCUGGACAGCCCGCAGUUCAGGGAGAGGCUGAAGUCUCACGAACUGGAGCUGGACAAAACCAACAAGUUCAUCAAGGAGCUGAUUAAAGACGGCAAGGCGCUCAUCCAGGCCCUGAAAGGUGUAUCAACGGCAAAGAGGAAGUUUGCAGACUCCCUCAAUGACUUCAAGUUCCAAUGUAUUGGAGACGCUGAGACAGAUGAUGAGAUAUGUAUAGCUAAGUCGCUUCAGGAGUUUGCAGCUGUCAUACAAAACCUGGAGGAUGAAAGAACAAGGAUGAUCGAAAACGCCAACGAUGUUUUGAUUAUUCCUCUGGAGCGGUUCAGGAAGGAGCAAAUCAGUGCAGCCAAGGAAGCCAAGAAAAGGUAUGACAAAGAGACGGAGAAAUAUUGCGCAGUCCUGGAGAAACACCUAAGCCUUUCAGCGAAAAAGAAAGAGACACAGCUCCAUGAGGCGGACAGCCAGGUGGGCAGCGUGAGGCAGCAUUUCUACGAAGUUUCUCUGGAGUACGUGUUGAAAGUGCAGGAAGUCCAAGAGAGGAAGAUGUUUGACUUUGUGGAGCCUCUGUUGGCUUUUCUUCAAGGCCUUUUCACUUACUAUCACCAUGGAUACGAGCUGGCAAAGGACUUUAACCACUUCAAGACUGAUCUUACCAUCAGCAUACAGAAUACCAGGAAUCGCUUUGAGAGCACGCGGUCUGAAGUGGAGCUUCUGAUGAGGAAGAUGAAGGAGAAUCCACUCGAGCACAAGACUGUGAGCCAGCACACCAUGGAGGGCUACCUGUUCAUACUGGAGAAGCGCUCGUUUGUAUCUACCUGGGUCAAGUACUACUGCACGUAUCAUCGGGAGCCCAAGAAAGUCACCAUGGUUUUGUUUGAUCCCAAAUCCGGAGGCAAGAUGGGAGAAGAGGAGAGCUUUAUCCUCAAAUCAUGCACUAGAAGGAAGACGGAGUCGAUAGAAAAGAGGUUCUGUUUUGAUGUCGAGGCUGUGGACAGGCCCGGCGUGAUCACCAUGCAGGCUCUGUCAGAGGACGACCGCAGGUUGUGGAUGGAGGCGAUGGACGGUAGAGAGCCGGUGUACAAUCUCAACAAAGACAACCAAGCUGAAGGCAUGGCCCAGCUGGAUGUGAUCGGGUUCAACGUUAUGAAAAAGCUGAUUUAUGCUGUGGAAACUCGAGGAAUCGAUGAGCAGGGCUUGUAUAGAAUCGUCGGCGUUAGCUCCAAAGUACAAAAACUGCUGAGCCUGGCUAUGGAUCCUAAAACAUGUGCUGACGUGGAACUGGAUAACCCGGAGUGGGAGAUUAAGACCAUAACAAGUACUAUCAAGCACUAUCUCAGAAUGCUGCCGGCGCCUCUCAUGACAUACCAGUACCACAGGAGUUUCAUCAAAGCUGCCAACUACUGGCCCUGCCCUGCUCCAUGGAAAGAUUCAGGAAGUCCUUUGCCCCUCAAGCCAUCAGACUGUUCAACUCCUCCCUGUACAAUAAAAAUAGAGCCUUGUAAAUCUGUGAUAUUCAGGGACGUGCCAAAUUGUGUGGGCAGUUCAACCAACAUGCAGCCCAACCAGUCUAGGAGGAAAAGCGCUGAAAACAAAGCACCAUCCUGCAGCGAGAGGCCUCUCACACUCUUCCACACGCCAACACAUUCCCAGAAAAGUGAAAAGAGGAACAGUGUUGGCAAUACCACAACUAAUGACCUGCAGCACCCAGUUUCUACUUCUGCUAACUGUACCAGUAGCAGCAGCAGCAGCAGUGGCAGCAGUGGGAGCCACAGUCAGGCCCUGAGACACAGCUUAACCAGCAACGAAGGAGAGCAGGACGGCCGGCAAAUUCGACCCAGCUCACUACUGAACCCAAAACCUCGUGUCAGCAUACCAGCCAGUGCGACAUCUCCCAGCCCCACGUCGCCACGUUCUCCCUCCUGGCCGAUGUUCUCAGCCCCGUCCAGUCCGCAGCCGAUCUCCUCCGCCUCCAGCGACUCGUCUCCUGGCAGCAUCACAGGCAGGAAGGCCCGGGCUCUGUACGCCUGCAAGGCUGAGCACGACUCCGAGCUGUCCUUCAUCGCUGGGACCAUCUUUGAGAACGUUCAUGCUUCGAAGGAACCUGGCUGGUUAGAAGGGACUCUGGGUGGUCGAACAGGGCUGAUUCCAGAAAACUACGUGGAGCUUCUAUAGUCCAGGUCCUGACCAGGAAACCCACCUGGAGAACUCUGGAUUUUGGUAGACCAAGCUGGACUUGAUUGAACCAGAUGUAACGGCACAAAACUUCACUGACUUUGUGACGAUCGACUGGACCGUCGUUUAU